CGCUCUCCAGUCCAUCCAGAGCUCCAUUCAAAGUGCCGAGAUCCGGAUGAGAGCCUCGUCCGAGCCUCAUCCAGCAGCACAGCCCAGUUUGAAGUGAAGACACGCGGGGGGAAGAGAAAGGGCUUCAGGAGCCGCUCCACACUUGGAGAAUCACUCCUGGAUCUACUUUUUUUUUCUUUUUUUGUCCUUGGAGUGGGAUAUAAGGAGCAGACGGAGCAGCUCUUGCAGAGAUAAAGAGGGGGGACACCUGCAGCCAAGAUGGAGGUGAAGACGUCACUUCUAGACAACAUGAUCGGGGUCGGGGACAUGGUCCUCCUGGAGCCCCUGUCCGAAGACUCGUUUCUGGAGAACCUGAGGAAGCGUUUUGACCACAGUGAGAUCUACACGUACAUUGGCAGCGUGGUGAUCUCCAUGAACCCGUACAGGUCCCUGCCCAUCUUCACGCCAGACAAGGUGGAGGAGUACCGCAACAGGAACUUCUACGAACUCAGUCCACACAUCUACGCUCUGGCAGAUGAGGCCUACCGCUCGCUGAGGGACCAGGACAAGGACCAGUGCAUCCUCAUCACGGGGGAGAGCGGAGCCGGGAAAACUGAGGCCAGUAAGCUGGUGAUGUCAUACGUGGCGGCGGUGUGUGGGAAGGGCCAGGAGGUGAACAAGGUCAAGGAACAGCUGCUGCAGUCCAAUCCCGUGCUGGAGGCUUUUGGAAACGCCAAAACAGUACGAAACGACAACUCCUCCAGAUUUGGAAAGUACAUGGACAUCGAGUUCGACUUCAAAGGAGAUCCCCUGGGCGGCGUCAUCAGCAACUAUCUGCUGGAGAAGUCACGUGUGGUGAAGCAGCCGAGAGGAGAGAGGAACUUCCACGUCUUCUACCAGCUUCUGUCCGGAGCCUCAGACGACACGCUCAAGAAGCUAAAGUUGGAGCGGGACUUCAGCAAGUACAACUACCUGAGCCUGGACUCGGCCGCGGUCAACGGACUGGACGACGCAGCCAACUUCAGGACCGUCAGAAACGCCAUGCAGAUCGUGGGCUUCAUGGAGGACGAGGUCCAGUCGGUGCUGGAGCUGGUCGCGGCCGUGCUGAAGCUCGGCAACAUCGAGUUCAAGCCGGAGUCUCGCUGCAACGGCACAGACGAGAGCCGCGUCAAAGACAAGAACGAUUUGAAGGAGAUGUGUGAGCUGCUGGGGAUCGAGCAGUCGGUGCUGGAGAGGGCCUUCAGCUACCGGACAGUCGAGGCCAAGCUGGAGAAGGUCUCCACCACCCUGAACGUGGCCCAGGCCUACUACGCCCGAGAUGCUCUCGCCAAAAACCUCUACAGCCGCCUGUUUACCUGGCUGGUGUCAAGGAUUAAUGAAAGCAUAAAAGCUCAAGCCAAAACGCGCCACAAGGUCAUGGGUGUGCUGGACAUCUAUGGCUUUGAGAUAUUUGAGGACAACAGCUUUGAGCAGUUCAUCAUCAACUACUGCAACGAGAAGCUGCAGCAGAUCUUCAUCGAGCUGACCCUGCGCGAGGAGCAGGAGGAGUACGUCAGAGAGGGCAUCGAGUGGACCAACAUUGAAUAUUUCAACAACGCAAUCAUCUGCGACCUCAUUGAGAAUAAUCAAAAUGGCAUCUUGGCCAUGCUGGAUGAGGAGUGCCUGAGGCCUGGGACGGUGACCGAUGAGACCUUCUUGGACAAACUGAACACCAUCUGUGCUGAGCAUCAGCACUUUGAGAGUCGCCUGAGCAAGAACUCAAAGUUCCUCACUGACCACAGCCUGCCACACAGCUGCUUCCGCAUCCAGCACUAUGCCGGGAAGGUGCUGUAUCGGGUCGAGGGCUUUGUUGACAAGAACAACGACCUGUUGUACCGGGACCUGUCCCAGGCCAUGUACAAGGCCAACCACAGCCUCAUCAAACAGCUGUUCCCCGAAGGAAACCCAGCCAAAGUCAACCUGAAGAGACCCCCGACCGCUGGAACCCAGUUCAAAACAUCAGUGGGCACAUUGAUGAGGAACCUGCAGACCAAGAACCCAAACUACAUCCGAUGCAUCAAGCCCAAUGACAAGAAGGCGUCCCACAUCUUCACCGAGUCUCUGGUCUGCCACCAGGUGCGCUACCUGGGCCUGAUGGAGAACGUCCGCGUGCGGAGAGCAGGCUACGCCUUCCGCCAGGCCUACGAGCCCUGCCUGGAGCGCUACAAAAUGCUCUGCAAAAAGACCUGGCCACACUGGAGGGGCCCUGCCAGGGAAGGAGUGGAGGUGCUGAUGGCCGACCUCCAGGUUCCAGCCGAGGAGUUUUCUUACGGCCGCUCCAAGAUCUUCAUCAGGAACCCAAGAACGCUCUUUUUCUUGGAGGAGAGGAGGAGGCAAUGCCUGCAAGACCUGGCCGCGCUCAUUCAGAAGAUCUACCGAGGAUGGAAGUGCCGCAGUCGGUUCCUGCUGAUGAAGAAGAGCCAGGUCGUGGUGUCGGCUUGGUACCGUCGAUAUGCGCAACAAAAGAAGUACAAGCAGGUGAAGAGCGCCACCACCGUGGUGCAGUCGUACACCAGAGGCUGGCAGGCACGCAAACUCCUGAGAGAGCUGAAGUAUCAGAAGAGGUGUGAGGAGGCGGUGACCACCAUCUCAGCCUUCUGGCACGGCACCCAGGCACGGAUGGAGCUGAGACGUCUAAAACAAGAAGCGCGGAAUAAACAUGCUGUGACAGUAAUUUGGGCAUACUGGCAGGGAACCAAGGCCCGGAGAGAGCUGCGUCAGCUGAAGGAGGAGGCGAGGAAUAAACAUGCCGUAUCGGUCAUUUGGGCCGGCUGGCAGGGCACCAAGGCUCGCAGGGAGCUCAGGAGGCUGAAGGAGGAAGCCAGGCGAAAGCACGCUGUCGCUGUGAUUUGGGCCUUCUGGCAGGGACUCAAGGUCCGCAGAGAGUACAGGAAGUUCUUCAGGGCAAAUGCUGGCAAGAAGAUCUACGAGUUCACCAUCCAGAGAAUCAUGCAGAAAUACUUCCUGGGCCUGAAGAGCUCCAUGCCCUCCAUGUCACCCAUAGACAGGAAGUGGCCCGCCAGGCCGUACCGCUUCCUGGACGGAGUCCACACGGAGCUGCGGCGGAUCUUCCACCUCUGGAGGUGCAAGAAAUACCGAGGCCAGUUCACAGAGGAGAGGAAGGCGGUGUAUGAGGAGAAACUGGAGGCGAGUGAGAUCUUCAAGGAUAAAAAGGCUCUUUACCCGAGCAGCGUGAGCCAGCCUUUCAAAGGAGACUAUCUGGAGAUCAGCAAGAACCCCAAAUAUCAGAAGCUCAACAGCGCCGUGGAUGAGAAGGUCCUGCUGGCUGAUGUGGUCAAUAAGAUUAACCGAGCUAAUGGAAAGGGUACCGCUCGAAUCUUCCUGCUCACUAAGAAGAGCGUCCUCCUGGCUGACCAGAAGACGGGCCAGGUGAAGGCCAGCGUCCCUCUGCCCGACGUGGCCAGCGUGUCGGUGAGCACGCAGAGCGACGGCUUCUUUGCUCUAAAGCUCAAAGAGGGGUCGGCUUCAGCUGUCAAAGGAGACUUCUUGCUCAGCAGCGAGCACCUGAUCGAGAUCAUCACCAAGCUGCACCGCAUCGGGGCCACGGCCGCAGACCGGGAGCAGCUCAACGUCGACAUCUCAGACGAGUUUCUGGUGCAGUUCAAGCAGGACAAAGUGUGCGUGAAGUUCAUCCAGGGAGGCCCCAAGAACGGCAGCAGCGUGUCCUGCAAGCGCAAGAACAACCGGCUUCUGGAGGUGUCGGUGCCCACGACGGCGUAGAGCCGCCUCCUCUCUGCUUCCACUGCUGUUCAUGAAAUGAUGCUCAGUCUGGGGGUGACUACACACAAAACAAACAACCCACCACCCACUCCAAAACUCUGAACUCAGAACCAUCACACCCACUCUGAGCCCAAAACGUGCAGUUAUUUGGCCUGUUGUGUAAUUUUCCUCCAAUCUCCUCUUCCUGUCAGAUUUACGACGGCACCACUACAGCUGUACCGUGGGCAAAGAAAUCCCCGAUCAGGGUUGCAUGUCAUAGAAAAUUAGGUGAAAUGUUUUCCUGGUGUUUUGUAAAUCUGAAGAGUUGACGACGGUUCAAAUCGUGUCGGUGCACACUGACUCCUGUACACCAGCUGAGAAUGAUUGUUCUGCCUGGACGGUAACGCUUUUAGUGUUCAGAGAAAUAUUCGGAGAACUUUGUGACGAGCUCGAGCCUCGACUGGUCCGCGCUCAUCUGCCUUUAAGCCGCUCUCGCUUUGAGACAACGGCUUGAUCUUUGAGAUGAACGGGAAACUUUUGGGCUCGGCCCGUCGUUCUCUGACCAACUUGAAUGCUGCACUUGCUUCGGCCUCUGUGUAACCAAAAGAGGAUGACCUAGAAAAUGAAUCUGAUUGUAUGUUGUAUUAUUUCCUCUCUAUAUAUUUUUUCUCUCUGACGGGAAGCACAGCGUGCAGAUGAGAAGUCAAAUAUAAUUUGCAAGAUUAUUUUAAAACCACGUCUGUAUCCAUUCCUACGUGCCAUUGAACGGAUCCCGUGACUUGUCGCGUGUCAGUGUUCCAACACGAGCCACAUACGGAGCCGUGCAGGCGAUCGGUCCAGUCGUCUACACUUAGUGACGACAUCGAUGCCAAACCAGCCGUUGAACAGGGAGCCUAUCAGCCUGUAGUGGUCAUUUCUGGUAUGUUUUAAUCGCGCUGCACAUGUGAUCAAUUGCCGUUUCCUCUACACAGUACAGUUCUUUUCAAAGCUUUACUCCAUCUGCAAAGAGUUCUAGUGAACUGAAUCCAUAUCAUAGAUCACCAUGCAUGAGUUAAGAAGACCUCUUAUCACCGUGUGGACUGGACUGGAGAACGUCCGGCCACAGGACGCUGAGGUGCCCACAUCAGCUCCACAGUCUUCACCAGAUUCAAAGUGAAACCCUUGAAAGUGACAUUUUUUUUUGUGCAAUAAGUAAAAUGUUUCGUCUCUAUUAUUCUCUUUGCAGCAAAGCCGUAGUGAGACCCCCCAGCAGCUCCCUGGCUGUAGGAUAGGCUGUACAUAAGCUCGCUAGGCUGCAGCUCUGACCUGGACGCGGGCUUCUUUAGUAUCCUCAUUUUAAUGGCUGUGUUUGUGAAGUAGCUGUUCUUCGCCACUGCAGCUUGAGCUAUCGUAGUGCUUGACCCACUCCGACCUAAUGUGUAUUUUUCGAGGGGAAAGACCAAAUAUUUAAGAGCACAUGACCGUAGAUAUCUGGAGGAAUUGACCAGUUUCAGCUUUUGUAGUGCACUCAUGUAAAAUACACACAUGGUAUUCACAUAUUUACACGCAAGCCAAAUCAGAGACAUGAGAGUGUUUCCUGGCAUGUUGACGAUGAUGAUGAUGUGUGUUUGUACUGGUAGAGGGGUUUGUUCUUCUGGUGACUCUGUGAGCGAUAACACAGCCAAACUUGGUCUAGUCAUGUUUUGCGAUCUGGGGUAUUUUGGUUUGUAAGGUGAUUUUGUAUUUUUUUUUUUUUUUAAUGUCACACGUGACACAGGGAGAAACCAGUUUGUUGUCCCACGCUGGGGACCAGUUGAGCUGAAUGCUAGUUUCGAUGUGCUUUUCUUCCUCGGCUGCACACUUUGAGUGCAGUUUUCUCGCUAGGGCAACGCCUCCCUCCCCAUUCUCUCUCCGUUUUGUAUUUGAACAAUGGCUAGAACUGCAAAAAUGAUGUCUGCAUUCUUGUGUGCCUAAUGUUAACCUGUGCUAAGAGACAGAACAUGGACGUGUUUCAGUAGAACUCAGUGUAUCAUUUACAAGUAAUCUUUUUUAAAUUAAAUAAAAAUCAGUAAUAAAUAAAUGUCGCCUGAGCUUCUGUGAU